AUGGGGAGAAAGAAACGGAGUGGCGGUAUCGCAGCAGCUACUGGAGAACAAGAAUCGAAGGUUCACGGCCACUCCCUAUGUUUAGCAUCACACAUGUUUUCUCUCCAUGUAUCAGUGGCAAUUACGAAUUUAUACGCUCAGACACACACCACCCACUUGCAGCCGCGAUCAACAACAGCAGAAGCGGCGGACGUUACUAAAAGACUGCUUCAAAGCCCUAUCACUAAUUCACCACCCUCCCUCUUGUCACGCACACACAGUCAGACAGACAUACUCCCAAUUCCUCCACUCAAUCGUCUAUCCCUUCUUCACCACGUUGCCCUGCAGCUCCGUGCAGAGGUGCACAAAGAUGCCAGGCCCUCCUUAUGCAGUGCCGUCCCCACCUACACCAUCGACGCCCCAGCAAGGACGUGCAGAAAGGCGUCCUCGCCACUGUAUACACCACCGCAGCCGAACACCAACUUGUCCUGGCAGCGGCGGUUGAAAGCACCCACAUUGGCAAAGGCACUAGGCAAUACGUACUUGCCACCAAUGCCGCCGAACCCUUGCUUCGGCUUAAUGACAACGGUCUAA